CGAAGCAGCAGAGCGUUACGAAAUCCCCAAAUCUACUUUGACCGAUCGUAUAACAGGUAUGUAUAUUUUUUAUAUUACAAAUCAUUCCAAUUUAUCAUAGUAACGGCGUCAUAUCUUACAUUUUCAAGGAAAAAGGUCAUUGGAUGUAAUGCCUAAACGUGGGCCCCCCACUGCUUUAUCAUCCGAAGAGGAAGAGUCGCUGAAAACAUUUUUGAAGGACAUGGCCAAGCGUGGACUCGGGAUGGGCAAGAGAGACGUGCUUCAAACGGUAAAAAACAUGCUAGAUUUGUCGGGAAAGCGUGUGCGGUAUUUCAGGAAUAAUCUCCCAAGUGACUCCUGGUGGUGCGGAUUCUUGUCGCGGAACCCGGACCUGAAAACCAUGACAACGGUAAAAUUGGAGGUGGCGCGAGCCAUGGCUUGUUCGGAAAAAAAGGUGAGCAGUUGGAUGGAAAAGUACACGGCAAUGUUAGAGGAAAACAACAUCACGAACGGAAGUAGUAUAUACAACUGCGACGAAACCGGAUUUUCUUUUCAAACGAAAGCCGGUAAAAAAGUCGUGGCUGGCAGAGGGAUGAAAACCUGCUAUAACAUCACCAGCAGCAAUAAAACUCAAAUCACGGUGCUGAUUUGCAUCAGCGCCAGCGGUAACAUCCUUCCGCCCUACAUACUUUUCCCCGGCAAGCGUAUGAAUCCGUCUCAUGCACUGGAUUUUCCCGAUGGCAGCAGAUGUCAUGUGACUGAUAAGGGCUGGAUGACUAAAGAUUCAUUCUAUGACUGGAUGGAACAACUAUUCAUACCUAAUUUACCUAACAAGUCAACAAGGGGGGCCGUCGUACUUCUUCUUGAUGGUCACACGUCCCACAAAGAUUUUCGCACAAGCACGUUAGCCCGAGAAAAUAAUAUCAUUCUCUACUGUUUGCCUGCCCACACUACACAUAUUCUGCAGCCACUGGACAAAGGAUUUUAUGGCCCUUUCAAAGGAAAUUGGAGUCGCUGUUGUGAUUCUUUUUUUGGAAAAGAGCAGUGUGUGGUUGAUAAGUACACGUUUGGUCGAGUUUUUACCCAGGCGUACUUACGAACCUCACGCUUGGAUGUGAUAGUAAAUUCAUUCAAAUCAUGUGGCGUCUGGCCUCCAAAUAUUGGAGCUGUGGAUUUGGAAAAAGCAUUACCGUCCACCAUAUUUGUUGACGAUGAACCAUCAAUGUCAAAAUCCCCAAAGCCCUCGGCCCACGCUAAUUCUCAACAACAGAUAUGGGAAGCGAAUGGCUCUGCGAUUACUGACGUAGAACCUGUCUUCGAUAAUCUCGACAUGGCCCCAAUGUCACUUGCUGACCCAAAGUUCAUUGAAGGUGGAAAUAUAGAAUUCCCGACUAAAAGCAUGUUGGCGUCGAAUGAACUAGAUCAUGAUGUGUCGUACUUGGAUAUAGUUUUAUUUGACGACGAACAGCCUGAAGACGCACUUAUCACUUUGAAUAUGUCUGAUAUAUUGGAUGACCAGCCAUCUACAUCUCGAUCACCCGAUCCUGGUUGUAAUACAUCAGAUGUUGUUGAGCUAAAUCUAAAUGAUCAAAUUACAAGUGCUUUAGCAUCCCCGGCUUCCAAAAUGUACGAGAGUCUGUCACCAAUUGAUUCUAAGUGCAGGAGAGCUUUAGAGGCGUUGGAAAGGGGUAUGAAUAGAGAUGAAAAGACACUGUUUGAAAAGAAGUUAGAGUGUGGAGACAUAGAAGGCAGUGGGGUAUAUAUCGCAUGGAGACACCUGAAGUUGGAGACUUUGAAAGAACUAGAAAAUAGAAAAAGAGAAAUAAGAAGUUUUUGUGUUAAUACGGAUUCGACAAAUUUGGCUAGAAAAGAGUUGUUUAAAAUACCAGAAAAGAAAAGGCCCGUGAAAAAUUACAAAAAUAUGCCACUAUAUAAUUUGUCAUCUGAUCGAGCUGUAACGGAGUUGAAAGAUUCAAUCGAGAAAAAAAGGCUAGCUGAGGAACAAAAAAGGAAAAGGGCAGACAGAAAAGAGAUAAGCAAAAUUAAAAGAUUAGAAAAACAGAAAAAUAUGAGUUUAGAAAAGGUCAAACCUCUGAAAAGGAGACGAAAUUUGUCUAUAAAACAAAAAGAAAAAAAGAAGGAAGAUUGCAAUGUAUGUAAGGUGCAGUUCAAUGGUGGGCCUGAUGAACCACGCUGGAUUGCGUGCGAUCAGUGCGAUAAGUGGUUCCAUCUGCACUGCACAGAGCUGAAUCCGCAUUUAAGCGCAUCAGCAGUAGAGGGACUUCGUUAGUUUUGCUGCAAAUGUAUUUCUGCCAUAUAGAAUAUUUUACUGCGACUAUGUGAGUAAUAAAAAAUUCUUGUUGGAAUUGAUUGUGUGUCUUAUAUUCUCUAAGCAACAUUUUAUCUACCAGUACACAAAAAUAUGGUCAUAGUUUAAAUCAAAACAUAGUCUUUAAAAAUUGCCAGUGAUGUACGAAAUACGCAAAAGGGUAAUGUUUCUAACAUAUAAGGCAGAAACUUGAAAAUAUCACAUAUAACUUUUGAUGAGAAGUGAACACAAUGGCAAUUUUGUUGAAAAUAUCAGGUAAAAAUUGCUGUUUGCGUCGAAAGCAACAAAGUCAUUUAGUAAAAUUUGAUUGUUUCAAGGACGGUUAAGGGUUAUGCUAUUUUAUUGUUUUGAUGCCACUAUUGAAGGCUAAAUCGCGGCACGUAUAUUCAAAAACAUGUGGGUUGUCGAAAUAACCGUGUUGUUAAAAUAUAUGACGAUCAAAAAUGCAAUUAAAAGUCCAGUUUUUCCACGCAUGACUGCAUAUGUGGUAGUCUCGACGCAGCCGAAACGAUGUUUAAGGCUCGAAAUCCGUGGUCGCACGCUGGUCGUUCGGUCGCAAAUACGUCUUCUGAGUGUCGUACUUUGGUGGUUUGUAUAGCUUUAACCCCUGGUCGUAGAGAGUUAAUUCGAGUUGUAGCGUGUAGAAUAAAUGCCAAUGAACAUACAGUGAAAAACUUACCGGGUUAGAAAUAUUGGUUUUUAUUUUAUAGCGGUUUGAAUGAAAUCGUCCGCAAACUGGCUGCACCACCCUACUGUAUUAGUCUGAUUAGUAGGGCUUCAGGGCAAGUUACAAAGUUACGGUAACACAGUAACAGUAUGGUACGGCACCGCAGUCGCAGAUAACGGUCGACUAUCUGAUUACGGUACAGGUACCAGUCUGUAAGGUAGGUCUUUUAUUUUGUUUCAGUUUUCAUAUUCUACCGUAUCAUUCCAGCAUUUUGACAUAUUUAAAUUUUUUAAUACAAAGAUGAAUUAGAUUAG